AUGAAAAACUCUACUCAGGUUUCAUAUUUCAUUCUUGUAGCAUACUUUAAUAUCGGGCUCUUUAAAUACUUACUGUUUGUGAUCAUGAUGUGUUUUUAUGUUUUAAUUAUCUGUGCCAAUGUGUUGCUGAUUGUGGUUAUCUGUGUGAACAGGAGCUUACAUGAACCUAUGUACCUUUUUCUGGUCAGCCUGUUUGUAAAUGAACUGUAUGGUAGUACAGGGUUGUUUCCAUUCCUUCUGGUUCAGAUCCUCUCUGACAUUCACACUGUUUCUGCUCCCUUCUGCUUCCUGCAGAUUUUCUGCUUGUAUACUUAUGCAGCUAUACAAUUUAUUAAUUUAUCCAUCAUGUCUUAUGACAGAUAUCUAGCUAUCUGUUAUCCUCUGCAGUAUAACACACGUAUGAAAUCUAACAAGGUUGUUCUGCUUAUUGCUCUGACAUGGUUAUUUCCAUUGAUUGAAACUGCUGUCCCGAUAUUUAUAAGUUCCUCUUUACAGCUGUGUGGAAACACUAUUGACAAAGUUUACUGUAACAACUAUUAUGUUGUGAAACUGGCCUGCUCUGAGACUACUGUGAACAACAUUUAUGGACUCUUUAGCACUUGUCUUUUUGUCUUUGUUCCUCUCCUUUUAAUCCUCUACACCUACAUGAGGAUCCUUAAAGUGUGUUUUUCUGGUUCUAAGCAGACGAGACAGAAAGCUGUCAGUACCUGCACACCCCACCUCGCUUCUCUCAUCAACUUCUCUUUUGGUUCUUUCUUUGAAAUAGUUCAGAGCAGGUUUAAUAUGAGCAGUUUUCCUGUGAUGUUGCGGAUUUUCAUGUCACUAUACUUUCUGACCUGCCAACCGAUCUUUAACCCUUUAAUAUAUGGACUGCAAAUGACUAAAAUACGGAGCUCAUGUAAAAGUCUGAUCUUUGGUAAAAUGUAGACUGAUGUUA